AUGCAUCUGCUCCUCAUCAAUCUGCCCAUCAAUGACAUGAUAGGUGCUACUGCCUUUUUCCCGCAGCUCAUCAGCAGCAUCUUGUCUCAAGACAGGAUCAUCUCCUACCCAGCCUGUUUCCUCCAGGCAUUGCUCGCGCACCUGUAUGGAACUGGGUCUUUGCUAAUCUUGACAGCCAUGGCAUUUGAUCGGUACAUUGCCAUCUGCUGCCCACUGAGGUACAACUCUAUAAUGUCCAACAGCAACGUGACAAAGAUCAUCAUCUGCUUGUGGCUGGCUGACUACGUUAUGAUAGCAGUGCUGUUCUUACUCCUCAUCCGCUUCAACAUCUGCAGGACUGUGAUAGUGGACAUGUACUGCAACAACCCUUCGCUGAUGAAGCUCAUCUGUGAGGACACAAGAAUAAACAACUACUACGGGUUGUUUUUAACCAUCUUCCUUCAGUGCGGGUCCUUAAGUGCUGUAAUAUUUACAUACUGUCAAAUUCUGUUGACCUGCUUGAUGAAUAGGCAGUCGGACACAAAAAGCAAGGCCAUUCAGACUUGUGCUUCACAUUUAGUGGUGUUCAUCUUCUUGGAGUUUAAUGCCAUGUUCACCCUAAUUUCCCAUAGGUUUGAGCAGACAUCUCCUUUUCUGAGGCGGGCUUUUGGAGUAUCUGUGAUGAUUUUUCCUCCUUUCCUAAAUCCAGUUGUAUAUGGACUCAAAACAAAAGAAAUUAGAGAAAAGAUAUUUAAUCUUAUCUUCCCUAAAAAAGUGGUUCCAUGUCUUGUCAUUUCAAAGAUGAUGUAG